CGGUGAGGUUAGGAAUUCAAACGGCCAUAUCGUUUUCCAUCUUUCGAAAGCAUAAUUUUAGCCGUGGAAUUCACUCGAUGCCCCAUGUCUGUAGACUUUUUCCCCUUUUCGUCGUCAGGAAUUCAUGCGCGAUCGUACGCAAAUUGUCUGAGAAACGAUAACAAUUUUAGGGACGAUUUAUUUGUGAUUCAGGCUGCAACUCGGCAUUUAGAGUGAUUCUAGUCUGGAUUUAACAAAGGAACCCAACAUCACAGGAGCUACUGAUAUUCACAGUAAAAAGAAACGUUAGAUAGGUAUCUACUGAUAACUCAGAUUGAAUAAUGGAGACAGAACAGGAUGUGUUGACAGUAUUAAAGCUCUUAAUAAUAGGGGAAUCCAAUGUUGGCAAAUCAAGCAUCAUCCUCAGAUUCACGGAGGAUGAAUUUUACGAGAAUAUGCAGAGUACUGUUGGUAUGGAUUACAAAACUAAACAGAUCACAAUCGACGGUAAUACAGUAAAACUUGCUAUUUGGGAUACCGCCGGACAAGAAAGAUUCCGUACCCUAACACCUAGCUACUACAGAGACGGCCAAGGUGCUAUCUUGGUAUACGAUGUUACAGACAGGACUACGUUUUUGAAGUUAGAGACAUGGCUGAACGAAUUGAGCACAUACUGCAAUAAAACGGAUAUUGUUAAAAUGGUAGUGGGCAAUAAGAUCGAUUUGCCGAGUCGUGAGGUGAGCACCGAGGAAGGUCUACAGUUCGCUAGAAGGCAUCAGGCGCUAUACAUUGAGAGUAGCGCGAAAACAUCUGACGGAAUUAAGUGCUGCUUCGAGGAACUUGUACAGAAGAUAAUACAAACACCGGGUCUCUGGGAUCGUCACGCGCUUCUCAAGUCAAUGGGCAAUGGUAUAGUGGGAGGAGCAAGGCACAGAGGACACAGAGACAUACACUUAGCGGAUGAACCUCAAGCCCAUGAAGCAUAUUCGAAUUGUUAUUGCAACCUGCUUUAACCGCAUAUGGUGUAUAACAUUCAGCCAGUGAUAAUUACCAUGAAGCUACACCUUAAAUAAUAUGGUCUAAACUCUAUUUCGACAUUAGAUGCUAAUGUGUGAGACUUUUACCAACCGAAUAUGAGUAAUACAGCACGUUAUUGUUUUGUGUAUGCCGUGGAAAGAAAUGUUUUAUAUACGGGAGGUGAUAAAAGAAAAGUGCUGAGAACGUUUGAAUUAAUGGGGUACAGUAUUUCCCCCCCUAUGCAAACGGUUGGGUCAACGUGAUGCAAUUAUAGCGAGCAGCGGAGACGAUUUUGCGAAAGUUUCAUUGGUUGAUUUUUUCAUUUCUUCUCUGUGGGUCAGGUUCGAACGAAUUGGAGGGAACUAAGGGCCCAUAGUAUGGCGGGGAUGGCGCCACUGUAGGGAGAUUCAUAAAGCUUGAUUAUAACCAGAGAAUAUUGUAAAGAACCUGAUAAUUUCUUUUAAAAUAGUCCGUUUCUGAUCAUACACACUUAGUCCAAUAUUCCUGCGAUUUUUACACCAGAAGCCUGGUGGGAAUUGGUGAUACAGUCGAAUUGUGACAGAAUCAUCGAAGCUUGUCUCUUUUAACUUUAUUUCGACUCUGGAAAAUAGGAAAAAUUUGUGAGUUGCAAAAUCUAGGGAAGACUGAGGAUAAAGUGCUAUAUGAAUUUUUUUUUCCUCAGCAAGAAAUUUCUUGGAGCAUUGUCACGAUAGAGCUGUAUGUUGUAGCAUUUUUGUAGUAAACUGUAAAAUUGUUAAUUCAUUAUUUAAUCAACUUAGAAUGGAAUAAACUCGCUGGUACUUUUCUUUCAUCAU